UUUUUUUCCCGGCCUCCCUUGUUCUUGCCUCGACUCUGUGAAAUCCCACCUCAAUUCCAGACCACAUUUCAAUCUCAAAAAGCAAGACAAUUCCAGUGUAUUCUCCUCAUGAGAACAUGAGAAGCAUGGCAGCCACAUGAGAAUAUGAGAAGCAUGGCAACGACGAUUUUGGGCAGACGAAUUGGCACAGUGUUAAAGGAAGAGCUGAGAAGUAAGGGAGAAUGGUGCGAUUCUUUUAUGGCUGCCGCUUUUCGUGCUAUCGCAGAAAGAAUCCCGUUGGCGAAUCUCGUCGUCGAAGUUAGAGACGCAAGGAUUCCCUUGUCCUCCGAAUGCGAGAUACUCAGAAACUACCCACUUCCCCAGAAACAAAUCAUAGCGCUCAAUAAAAUGGAUCUUGCGGGUGCAUCGAAUGUGAAGGCAUGGGUGGAAUAUUUUAGCGAAAGGAAUUGCAUAUCUUGUGGAGUCAAUGCUCAUAACAAGGAGGACAUCAGACAGCUUCUAAGCCUUAUACAAUGCCAAGUGAGAGAACUCAAGAGAGAUGAUCAAUGUGACAAUAAUUAUACCGCUACAGUAAUGUUAAUUGGGAUUCCAAAUGUUGGUAAGUCGGCAAUUACCAAUGCUUUGCAUCAAGUGGGGAGAAUCAAUGCAGCAGAAAAAGGAAAGCUAAAGCAUGCAACUGUCAGUCCAGAACCAAGAGAUACUAAAGAUAUUCGAAGUUUUAAGAUUGGUAGCCAUCCCAAUAUUUAUGUGUUAGACACUCCAGCUAUUUUAUCUCCAAAGGUUCCCAAUGCUGCUGUUUUAUCUAAAUUAAUUUUAACAGGAGCUGUUGAGGAUUGUUUAGUCAGGAGAAAAGAAGUUGCCCAAUAUUUUCUAGCUAUACACAACUCUAGUGACCAAUACAAGAAAUGGGCAAAACUAUAUAUGAAGGAUAAUGGUAGAUCAUUCCUUAACGGCACAACAGAACAGUUGACUAGCUCCAAGUUGCUAAUGAAGUACAAAAGCCAAACCCCGACAGAUCACACACAGGACUGCAUAGUGCAGGAUGUUCGACGGAUACUUUUUGAAACAAUUUCAUCUUUGGAAGGCGAUAUAAAAUGCGAAGAUGAAAUGCUUGCUCUCAUUGAUAGACAGUUUAAUGCCUUGCAGGAAGCUUUCCAUAUUUCAGUUGAAUGUGAAGAAGAUGCUCAUGACAAGGUUGCUGGGAAGUUGCUUAAUCUUUUCCGUACUGGCCGUAUUGGACAUUAUAUUUUAGAUCAUUUUCCUGGAAAGAUUCAAUGAUUACUUCAUGGAGUAGCUGGUAAUUUUGUUCUUUCCAUUUCACCUCUUUCUUUUAAUUUGUUGUAACUAUUUUGGUUAGGAGUUAGGAGUACCUUAAGUGUAUGUAUGGGUGUCAAACUAUUGGAUAAUUCCGUUAAGAUCUUUUUCUUUCUUUAGCA